AUGCCUGCCAUUCACCACUUGCUGGAGCAGACCCAAGAGGGAGAUGUUGAGAAGGUGCGCGAAGAGAUGAUCAGCGCCUUCGCGACGGUCGGCGUGGUGGCCGCCCUCGUGCUGACCAUGGACAAGAUGAGCGAGAAGGUGGACGAGGAGAUGGACUUCGACGGGGACUGGCUUGACUGCGACAGGAUUGCGUGCAGCGAGAUCCACGUCGUCCUGAGCUGCGUGUCCUUCAUGUGCUGCGUCCACGCCGUGGCGUUCACCACUUGCGUUGUUUUAUGGCUCAGCUUGACGCCGCCAAAAGCGACGAAGGACUUCUUCUACACCUUCCCGCUUUCAAUGGUCAGGCCUGCUGAAGCGAUGAUGGUUGGGAUGGCGGCGUGGGCCUUAGACCAGAUGUUUCUUGCGUUCGUCCGUCAUGGUACGCAUGUCAUGAUGUGGCUUGCGAUCCCAGCGGCGGGCUUGACGGGGCACUGCCUCGUCAUGUGGUGGCAUAUGCGAAAGUUUGCUUGGCACUGGCCGGACCCGCAGUAUGUCCGCCAGCCUCGCACGGAGCCCUCCGAGCAGCCUCUGAUUCCGCCCAACAACGCUAGUUGA